AUGAAGCUCCAAAUUUCGAAAGAAGAGACAUCGGCGUGGUGCAGUGAACUUGAGCAAACUGCAACGUCGUUUCAUUCCGAGAUACUACACAAGUUGAGGCAACUGCGUUUGGAGCGAAUAGCUCAGGUGAUGGAGCCUUCGGUGCCGACUUCUUCUGUUUCGAUCAUAUCUCCGCCGGUGACUCAACCUGUCUCUUCGGUGUUGCAAUUUGGGACCAUCGAUUCUUACAAAACAGCACCAACAACUGUACAUGAUGCUGCCGACACCACCAUUAUUGGCCACGUCGGAUCUCUACCACUACCAGCAGCAACAACCUCCACCUCUGCUGCCGUCAAGACCACCAGUCCUUCACCAGCAGCAAGAGGUGUGGUACUCGAACCAAAAUCAGUACCAGUCAUUACAGCCCCCAUCGCCUCUACAACAGUGGGUUUGGCCACCUCACGCCAACCAUCUACCUCCCUCGCUGGGCUAUUAUCAUCCACCACCGCCUCCUCAUUAUGCGCACCAUUAUUAUCCUCAAUCUCUCUCUCACGGACCUCCUCAGUCUUAUUAUCCUCAGCAGCUCAAUCGGGAAUGGGCAGCUCAAAGUCCACCAAGGUUGGUGCAGCAGAAGUCGGGAACUGGGUUGGCUGA